AUGUUUGUUCGCUUCGCUUAUCUGCUGGCAGGUCUUACUUUGGCUUCUGGCAAGCCCGUUUUGAUGUCCCGGCUGGACCAGGAUGCAUCGCAACUCUCUUUUGAUGUCACAUUAUUGCCACUUGGAAACACCACCGUGCAGGCGCAGGUCACCAAUACGGGCAGUGAGGAUGUUCGGCUUGUUCGCCGGGGUGGAAUUCUGGAUCCUGUUGCGACGAAGAAGGUCACGAUUCAUGGCGGUGACGCCGAGGCAGACUUUACUGGAGCCUAUGUUGGCUAUCACCUCUCGCAUUUGACAGACGAGGGUUUCGUCCAGGUCUCGCCGAACCAAACAGUCACGUCCGUCUUCGACAUCGACACCUUCUACACGCUGUCUGCAGGCCAGGAAUACACCGCUGUGGCAAACGGAGUCCUCGAAUACACCACACUAAACAACACGAAAAAGUUCCAUACCUUCGUCUACGAAUCCAACAACAUCACCUUCACCACACCGUCCGAUGUCAAGCGCCUCAAGGCCCGAAGCAUCCUCGACUGCUCCAACGACGAGUACAACGCAAAAGUCCAGAAUGCCAUCGCGCGCGCCGCGAAAAUGGCCACGGCCGCCGCCGCAGACGCACGCAAUGGCGCCAGUGAUAACUUCCAAAAGUUCUUCUUCACCACCGACCAAGACGCCCUGGAUGAGGUGGCAGGCCGUCUCGAGGCCAUUGCCACCGAAGCCACGACGACCGGGUUGAUGACAUACUACUGCGCGCCGCGAGCACAGGACGAUUGCAGUGGCAAUGUCGCGGCCAUGACGUAUCCGUCGGAGAACAUCAUCGUCAACUGCGACUUGUACUACAGCACCGAGGCAGACUCGAAUUACUGCGGGUACCUGGACCAGGGUGGGAUUGCGCUGCAUGAGUACACGCACGCUACGGGCGUCUAUGCGCCUGGGACGGACGAUGUGGUCUAUGGUUACGAUAGCGUCCAGGCGCUUGAUACGACCAGUGCGCUGAACAAUGCGGACUCGUAUGCGUACUACGCGGCUGCUGUCUACCUCCAAUGUGCCGCGGACGACUCCACCCAGGAAGGGACGCCCCUCGACAUCGAUCUGGGCGACUCGACGAGUGCCAGUGCCACAGGGACAGCGACAGAAUCUGCAGUCCCAACAUCAACGUCCCAGCCUACCUUGACAUCCACCUCGACCUCCACAUCUGGCAGCGACUGGCCCUGGGGGCAGACCGGCUGGGGCUCCUCAGGCUCAAGCUCAGGCUCGGGCUCGGGCAUCUUUCCUAGUGAUACUCCGACUGCCCCAACCGACGUUCCAAGUACUGGGAGCGGCGGGUACGGAAAUGGUGGCUACGGCAAUUUCCCUCCGAGCGGCUCAUACCCCAGCUCAGGCCCUGGUUCUGGAUCAGGUGGAUUUGGCGGAUACGGUCAGGGGCCCUGGGGGGCAGGUUGGUCGAAGGAAGCGCAGAGUGGAUCUGGUACCGCGCCGACUCCUACGUUUGUGACGUCUGCGGCUCCUGGUAUUUCGACACCACUCACGGCUACGACAACCCCGGGUACGAGCACUGGCACUGGUGCGGGAGAGGGUACCUCGGGCAAUGUGCCUUUCGAUAUUGAGGCUUUGAUCGCCUGGCUGAAGAGUGUUUUUGGUGGACAGGUUGAGAUCGAAGAGGUGGCUUCGGCUUAG